CUGCACGAUACUUUAGCGGAGAAACGAGUCAAUGCGGUCCCGUUAUUGUGUCCACGUUACGCUGAAUCCCACCAGGAUAAUUUAGGGUUGUGCCUAUCCACUCUUUGCUGAAUUUCCAUCAUGGAGCUCCGCUACGGUAAUCUGUGAGCUACGGCCACAGGAUCUCCUGAUUUACGCUGAGCAACCUCUCCACAUAGUGAGCCAUCCUCCACAAAGGCUGCUAGCCAAGUAAACUAUACGAAGUGGCUACGGGCUGCCAAGCUGUCUCUGAAGCCCUAGUAUGGAGAUCGCUACAGCAGCCGCUGCACUGAGUUUUUACCCGCUAUACGGAGCCGUCACCCGCUAUACUCUUUCCUCUCCCGCAGGCGGCCAUCCAAUUACUCGGCUGAUCUAUACAUCAAACAGUGCUGUAGACACAGCUUAAGCAGACAAGCCACUCUGAUCGAAAAUUUCAUGUAGGAAAUGGCUUCUGUCGACCACAGCGAAGAUGGUGAGGAUAAUGUGGAUUUAAUUAAUUUUAAGGAGCCUAAUCCUAUAACGGCUAUAACAAAUCUUUUCACCCUUUCCUUUGGGACUGAUUUUAACAUUGAUGAACAUAAACGUCAUGUCGCCAUACGUCAACAGCUGGGCACAAGUUACAAUUUUGAAAUGAGAUGUGAGGCCAGGAGAUUGAGAUCUUUCCAAUCACUCAAAAUGGCAUGUUGGUGUCCAAAAGAGAUGGCCAGCGCUGGGCUAUAUUUCACUGGUGUCAGCUACAGUGUCCAGUGCUUCUGCUGUGGGAUUGUGUUCAUCUACAAACCUUUAAGAACCACACCAAGAAAAUAUCAUGCAAAUUAUAACCCAGCCUGUAGUUUCAUAAAAGGAGAAGACAUGGGCAAUAUUUCUAAAUACGAGGUAAGGGUUCAACCUUCACCGACUGACCAAGAAUCUCUACAGGAAUAUUCAACAGAGGUAUCCAGAUUAAACUCUUUCAUAAACUGGCCCUUCUAUGCCAGGAUUCAACCUGCUCAACUUGCCAGUGCGGGAUUCUUCUUUACUGGUAGAAGAGACACUGUGCAAUGUUUCUCCUGUGCUGGCUGCCUAGGACACUGGCAGGAACAUGAUGACCCAUGGAAGGAACAUGCCAAAUGGUUUCCUGAGUGUGAUUUUCUCAAACAUAAGAAAACUCCAGAUGAAAUCAAAGCAUAUAUUUCAUCCUACAGUGGAUUUGAUGGAUUUGCGGGAAAACAUUUCUUUCCUGUUGUUGGUGUUAAGAUUCUUCCUACUGAACCACGCAUGACCAGCUGGAACAUCUUUGAGGAUGAGAACAUCCGUUUAGAGUCAUUUAAGAGAUGGCCUCCAGAUGCCAACGUACAGCCUGCUGCACUUGCCAGGGCAGGACUUUUCUACACAGGAAUAUCAGACACUGUGAGAUGCUACGUAUGUAAUAUCAGCAUUUAUGCAUUUGAACCUGGGGAAGAUGCAUGGACAGAACAUCUGAAGCACAGCCCUAAAUGUGAAUUUUUGCAAAAAAGACGCGAAAUAAAGCCAAAAGAUAUGGAAACUGCAAGAGAUGCAGAUAACCAGCAUUUACAGCUUGCUAAAGAAAAAAAAGUUAUUCAUGAUUUAGACAGUGGUUUGAAUGUCCAUAAGGAAGAUUGGUCUGUUAAAGCAACUGAAUUACGACAAAGUCUGAUGGAGCUGUACAAUGAUUCUAACUUCAAGAAAUUAGCACCCUUUCCGGACUCCUCCCAUGUCUCUGUAGAUCUCAGCUCAUUGUUUGCAGAUAUCUCUGUUGCAUUGAAGGACACCAGAAAUCAUAUAGUGCGGCAGCUCACAUUGCCAGACAUCCUGUCAGAGCUGAGGGACAUCACUAUGAUAGAAGGAGAAGCCGGCAGUGGGAAAACAGCUCUACUCAGGAAGAUUGCCAUUCUCUGGGCCUCAGGGAGGUGUCCUGUACUGAGCAGGUUCAGCCUUGUGUUUUAUAUCUCUCUAUCCUCCACUGAGAGCCAACACUCUCUGAGUGACAUCAUCUGCCAGCAGCUGACGGGCACCACAACAUCUCUUACUGAAGAGACCCUGGGGGACAUCAUUAAGCAACUAAAGAAUCAGGUCCUGUUUCUCCUGGAUGACUAUGGUUUGAUGGACUCCACUCCAGGAUCCAUAGAAGAACUUUUACUGAAGAACCCCUGGAAUAGAGUGAGUCUGGCAGUCACAGUGAGCAGUGACAAGGAUUGGAAGCUGCGUCAGUAUGCACGGAACAUACUGAGCAUCCAGGCCUUCCCCCUCUAUAGCUCAAUAUAUAUUUUUAGACAGCUCUUGUCACACAAUUUGUCAUUCAUUGAGCGCUUCUUGGUGAAUGUGGGUAUGUCCAAUGCAUUUCAGGUUGCUUUAAAGACCCCUCUUUUUACCUUCUCUGUCUGUAUUUUUUGGGUGCAAGACCCAAAUGAAGAUAUAGCAGGGGAAACAGCUAUAUGCAAGUCCUAUCUGAUGCACAGCAUGCUAAAACAUCCCACAGAGACUGAGAGAAUCAAAUCUGUGCUCAUAACCUGUGGAGAACUUGCCCUGCGGGGCAUCUUCCAAUCACACUUUACAUUCACUCAAAGAGACCUUGCUGAAACGGGCGUGAAUACCAAUGAUGCUCUCCAAUUUGGCAUAUUGAGUAUGUUUACAUCACAGAGACUCCACCCCAUUUUCAAGUUCUUACACCCCUCAUUCCAGGAGUUUCUGGCUGGGAGUAGGAUGCAUGAACUUCUGCAAUCUGGAGAAAAAGCGGAAAAAGAAAGAGGUUUGUCAUACCUGCAGGAAAUUAAUAUCUUCUUAAAAGUUGUUGGGCGCUACAACUAUUUCUUGAAGCACUCAUGCAUGCAUUCUCCUGAAACAACUAAGAUGAUCAUUUCACACCUGUUCAGUUUAUUGGAUUCUAGUGAGGCAUUUGAUUGUCAGAGAGAAACAAAUCUUUACCUGGAACACCACCCUGAGCUAGAGUACUUAGAACAAGCACUGACUAUUGUAACUGCCAUCGAUUUAGGCUUCCGUCAUGGAUAUGUGAUCAGUUUAUUACUGGAGUUUGCUAUUAACAUAGCCAAUGAGAGUAAAUAUAUGACAUCCUGUGCUCCCCUCAUUUUGCAGUUUCUCAAAGGAAAAACCAUGUCAGUCAGUUUGCAAUGUCCACAAAUUUGGCUCCUUGAAUUUCUGCACAGUUAUCCAGAAGGACUGCAGUUAAUACAGAGCCUGGAGAUAGUUGUACCUCACAGUCAACAGGUAUCAAGCCUUGACUUUUGGAACACAGAGCGUUAUGCAUCUGUUUGGAACGUACUCCGAGUUGACAUAGACUAUUCCAAUGCCUUUCAGCUUGUUUCAGAUACACUAGGAAAAAAAACAAAGUUUAAGGAUGCAAAUAUAAAAAUUGCUGAUCUGUCCACAUUUUGCUUCAACCAGGAUAUCCAUAGAAUUCCUGUGCUGAGAAUUAAAUCCCAUGGUCGUCCUGUAGAGAAUGAAAACAUCCUAGUUAAUGUUAUGGCUUUCUGCAGUCUCUCUAUUCACAUUGAACUGGACCUGAUGAAUUGCCCAGGAUUUCUAAACAGUAUCUCACCAUGUUUUGAUCAAUACAAAGAGUCCAUUGUGAAGUUCAGUAUAAACUGUGCAGAGCUGACCAGAGAGGAACAAGAACUGAUUACACAUCUGACUUCACUGCAAAGUCUGCAAAUAACAGUCAAGCCACUACCAGCAGAGUUUAUUGAGCAGUUCUCCAAUCUGAUCUCCUUCACACUGAGCUCUAAGUGGUGCCCUGAGGUUGAGAAGCUUAUUACUUCAUUGUGUCAGAAUGGAAAAAUGCAGGAAAUCUGUUUGUCCAAUUUUCUAUUAUGGGACAAGGAGAUAAUCCAUCUGGCUUUGGCAUUACCGUCUCUUAAAAAUCUCAAACUUUUGGAGAUCGAUUUUAACUAUUCUGUGAAAGUUGAAGCAGCUGAAAAAUUUGCCGAAGCUCUGCCGUCUCUCAAGCUCCUGGAAGAGUUUUGUGUCCCGGGUGGAGAUGCAGUGAGGGAAACAAUGACAUGCUUUAUACAGCAAUUCCAGUAUAUGCCCAACCUCAGGAAGCUCAUCAUCAACCGUAAUAUAAUGAGUGACAGCAGCCUGCUGGAGUUAGCGAAAGUGUGCGCAGAUGGCCAUUUAAGAAAUCUACAGAAUUUAAAUCUUGGCAAUAAUCUCGACAUCACACAAACUGGAUGGAGAAACUUCUUCCAAGUUGUAGAUAAUCUGCCAAAACUGAAUGAACUCCAUAUUUCAAGAGUAUAUUCUCAUCAAUUUAAAACAGACCCUAUAACUCUGAUUGCCUUAGUCCAGUGUGUAUCCAGGCUUCAUAGCUUGAACUUGCUAGUCAUGUUUGGAUGGCAGCAGGACGACAAAGAUAUUGAGAUGUUUGAUGCAAUGAAAUCUAAACAUCCCCAGGCAAAGAGCCUAAUAGUUAUGUGGAAAUGGAUACUACCAUUUCCCCCGAUUGUCACAGAAUAAACAAUCAUUUUCUCUGCAGGUUAUAGUUCCUGACAGUAUAACUUUGCCUUAUUCUAAGGGUGCAUACACACGGUGAGAUUCGGACUUAUCCGAUUCUCACCGUGCGACAGGGGGCCGGGUCGGCACUUAGCCAGUAUCGCAAGCACAUAAUGAGUGUGCUUGCGAUGCUGGCUAUGUGCGAUGUCAAUCCUGACUAUCUCUUCUAUAGAGAUAGCCAGGAUUGACUUGCCUGCACAGCCUAUUUUUUCUGCCGAUGCCGACCGCGCGGGGCCGCGCAUCGGCAUCGGAUCGGGAUCGGGAUCGCAAGGUAUAUAUAUAGUCAGAAUCGGAAGAAAAUAUCUUACCGUGUGUACACACCUUAAGACCUCUAUGUAUUUGUAUCUUAUUAGUAGUACUAUUUUAAAGAAGAAUUUUGUAGCGUGAACCUCUUUUCGGUAGACUAGCAAUAAGUGACAUAUACAUGUGCGUAUAUACAGUAUAUAA